AUUUUGAGCUCAAGCUUUGUUCAUAGUGAACAGGUUGCAUGACGUGCUUGAUUUUGCGCAUUGCAGUUUUCAUAUUCGUGAGUAGGUCACAAUGGAAACCUUCAUUCAGCAGUUGACGGGUAAUUUUUCUCUCAACGGGAGAGAGGGUAAGUACAUUUGUGAAGUCAAUGCGCCGCGCGCGGUGCUCAACGCGCACAACGGCGAACAUAUUGGCACGUUCACAUGUGACCCUGUUGCCUGGCCCGAGCCAGAGAAAGAAUACGCUUUACCUCUGGACUUGGAUCGCACACCAGACGUGGAUAUGCCUGUGAUCGGUAUUUGCGAAUCCGAAAUCAUGGCAGAAGUCCAGAAGCCAGAGAACGACGGGGCAUAUUUUGUGUUGCCUUCGCAGCUGAAUGGUGCAGAGUAUCCAGCUCCUGGAAUAAUCGUUCGUAAAAUUGAAGAGUACCUGUUUGAUAAUACAGGUGGCCCUCGUGGACAGUUGGCAGUCCACCCUGCGGCUGGGCAGUUUAUUCUAGACAAUGCUGCUUGUGAUGAUCGUCUGAACGGCAUUAAUGCCGUGGACACGCUUUUGGACAGAAAUCCGCAAUUUAAGUUGAAGAAUGGGUACAUGGAGAUGCCGAUGCCAGACAGUGAAACGGAGUCAAACCAGCUAUUGACAAACUUUUUGACCAGCAUCCAUACGUUGCGGCCGCUAAUCAUGUCGGGUAUUCCAGCGUCUGGUUUGAUUCCAUCCAUGGGAAGCUUCUCGGACGCCACGCACAAGGUCAACCUUGUCUAUGCCUCAGCGGUCCCGCUCGAGACUUACAACAACCGCCCCAUGAGCCAAGUGCAGAAAGAUCUGCACAACAAGAUUGGUCUGAGCAUACUCGUCGCCCAGUACUACGGUGCACUGAAAACCGCUGCCAGCAGAGCAGAACCGGGAACGACAGCAAAAGUCUUCUUGAUGCCAUUAGGCGGUGGCGUCUUUAACAACAGUUUCGAUAGCAUCGGAAAGUCAAUUUCAAUGGCUGUAGAGAUGCUGACAGACGAAGACCGUGCUAAGCUUACCGUGCAAGUGUUGGUUUGGAACGGGAAGCGGAAGGAGAAGCUUGAUAUGUGCAGGCUCCUCACCCGGUACAAGAAACUGGAAUAAUACGUGUCCAUGGUUUGAAUGCGCUGGAUCACUACUCGCCUUGGAUUGCAUACAUAUGCAUGGUUCCCAUGGGCGGUGCGGAUGUCGAGUUGAUGCAUUUCCCAGUGUGUAUUGCACAAGCCGAGAGUGCUGAGCUGUGACGCUGAUGCCGAAGUCAUUGGCGCUUGUGACCCAGAGCUGAGCACUUGCCUCGGAACAGGGGCCGCAGGAACGGUGGGUGUCAUCCUGUGGCGUCACGAGCGUGUUGUCGUCAUCGUUGUCGCUUUCUGCGCCGCUGCAUUCCGCGGCCCUGAAGGCCCACGAGGCUCGUGACGGCUCGAGUGCAGCUCUAGCCUCUGGCUGCUUCGGCCUGCGGCAGCCAGAACGAUCGAUGCUCGCAAGACAUACAUGAGACCCACGAGGAGGAGGGGCAGGCGGAGGGACGCGGGGAGGAAUUCGAGCCAUGCGCGCCGCGAUCGCUGCCGCGGCCUGGGCAGCCGCCGUGGGCCUGAGCCCCGACGACCUUGAGUCCGUCAUCGCUGCAGGCUACGAGGACAGAGGCCAGGUCUUCUCGAGCUUCGUCGCGGUCCCCUCCUACGGAUCCAUCCGGUACCGGUGGUCUGGUCCAGACCCCUAGGGGGGACCCGACCGCUGGGUGGUGGCGUUCUGCCACGGCGCCGCGUUCACCAGCCGCACGUGGCAGGUCACCGGGGUGAUGGACGCCCUGGCGGACGCUGGGUUCCGGGCCGUCGCCGCCGACCUGCCCGGCUUCGGCGAGAGCCGCCGUGCCGCGGGGCCCAGGUCUCCGACCAGCGCGGGGUUCCUUCAGUCUUUCCUGGAGGCGAUCCAUGCGGUGAGCGCAGGCGCGAGAGUGCUCGUGGUCACAGCCUCAAUGGGCGGCCGCUUCGGCCUCCCCUUCGUCCUGCGGGACGGUGGGCGAUCCGCCUCUGGCUACGUGACCGUGGCAGGCCUGACAGAUGCGCUUACCAAGAGCCCCGCCGCGGUCCUGAGCACCCCAGCGCUGCUCAUCUCGGGAGGACGACCCCA